GAGCGGAUCUAACCAGUUGGAGAGUUAGACCCAUUCUCGUAGAUUUUUUCCCCCUCGCCUCCUAGCUCAGGAACCACAGCGCCGCCAUGUUCUCUCCGCCGGCGCAGCCCAGAUUCGACCCUCUGCGCCCCACCUCACCGACGAGCUAACCAUCCCUCACACCUCCCUGUUAUCUACGACAACGCCGCCCAGGUGCACCCCCCUGCAGCGACCCACCCGAUGCCGCCCCGGGUCCAGUUCGCCGGUGCGUCACCCGGGAAUUAGGGUGGCCGCAGCCACCAUCACCACCCCGUUUCUUGCCUCGCCAGGCUGCCCGGAGGAUCAACCGCUUGCCGGCUACUGGAGUAGUUUGCUAGUUUGCUUUCAUGGUUCCUGCUUCCGUAGUCUGAUCCCUAGCGGUUCCCAUGCUAGUUUGCUAGUCUGAUCCCUAGCGGUUCCCAUGCAGCCGAGCAACCUGAAGGGUUCUUGCUCUCGAUUGCCGCAACCGGAGUUACUUGCUUACUGUUUCUCGGUGAAGUUAUUGAAGCAUCGGGUUUGUUGCUUCCCCACAGAAGGUGCAGAGGCAUCGUAGAGCCAGAGGGAGAGAGACCUGGAGUAGUUUUCUGGUUUUUGGAUUGGGCAUCAGAGAGUGGCAGCUGUUGGUUGGUUUCUUGGUUCUUGAUUUGCUUCUGUGGUGGAGGGAAGGGCUAAGAAUACAAGGGAGGGUAUUGAGGGCAAGGGUAAUGGAGGUCGGGGGGUAGGCGAUGAUGGAGCCCCAGGGAGUGGAACUCGAGGAUGACAGCAUCAAUUUCUGGGCCUCCCUCGGCGUGAGCACCCAUGUCCAUGGCGUCGACCAGAUGGCGCUCCACAGUGUGCACAUUCUUGACCACCAAGGACAAUCGCUGCCACCGGCAGUGGUCUCACACCCAGAGUCUGUCUGUAAGGAGUUGUUCCCUGUUGAAGCCGACCCCUGCCUUGAGCCCCGGGUGGGGAUGGAAUUCGAGUCGGGCGAGGCUGCCAAGACCUUCUAUAUUGCUUAUGCUGGCCGUGUUGGGUUUUCGGUCCGCAUCGCUCGGUCCCGUAAGUCCAAGUGUAGUGAGUCCAUCAUCAUGCUAAGGUUUGUUUGCUCAAAGGAAGGGUUCAGCAAGGAGAAGCGUGUUGUUGAAGGGAAGAAGACAAGGAAGAGGCUAGCCUCCAUCAGGGAAGGCUGCAAUGCCAUGCUUGAGGUUCUCCGCAGAGGCGACAACAAGUGGGUUGCCACCAAGCUUGUUAAGGAGCAUAACCAUGAGGUUGGGAUGCCCAGCACAGUGCACUAUAUAGCCACUGAGAGCGAUACUAUGGUUGACCCAUACAUUGACAUGGAGUUUGAAUCCCUUGAGUCUGCCAAGACAUUCUACUACUCGUAUGCUAUCCGUGCAGGAUUUGAAGUUCGCGUGCGCCAGUCUCGGAAAUCACAAGAUGAGUCACUCAAGAUGCUGAAGCUUGUGUGCUCAAGGCACCGCUACCAUUCAGGACGGGAGAACAAUGGAGACGAUACCAAGAGAGAUCCCUCCAGAGACGGUUGUAAUGCACUGUUUGAGAUAAUUCGGAAGGACAAAGGUGUCUGGAGGGUCUCCAAACUCAUCCUAGAGCACAGUCAUGAGCUGAACCCUGCACCAGCAAGCAGCGUUUGUUGUGUCCGCUCACAAGGUGAGGUACUUGUCAUUGCAAAGAACUUUGCUGACACACGGAAUCUUCUAUUGAAUGGCCAAGAUUCUCAGCCUCAUAGAGAGAUCCGGUACAAUGAUCUAGGGCCAGAGGAUGCUCAAAGCCUACUUGAAUAUCUUAAAAAGGUACAGGCUGAGGACCCUGCAUUUUUCUAUGCUGUGCAGCUUGACAAGCAUGAGGACACGGUCAAUAUCUUCUGGGCUGAUGCGAGCGCUAGGAUGGCUUAUUACCAUUUUGGUGACGCUGUUAGGUUUGAGACAGCAUACAGGAGCAACAAGGAGCAUAUACCCAUUGUCAUAUUUUCAGGUGUCAAUCAUCAUGUGCAGCCUGUUAUUUUUGGCUGUGCACUACUUGUUGAUGAAUCUGAAGAAUCAUUUGUAUGGUUAUUUGAAAAAUGGCUUGAAGCAAUGCAUGUGAGGCCUCCUGUUUCUUUCGUAACAGAGCUGAACCAAGAGAUGGCAGCUGCAGCUGCCAAGGUAUUACCUGACACCUGUCAUAUUUUCUGUGAAAAGCAUAUAUUAGGUACUGUCAAGGAGGAGUUGCAUAGUAUUUAUCCAGGACUAGACCAUUUCAUAACUGAUCUGAGAAAGUGCAUUGAUGGAUGCAGAAUAGAAGAAUCAUUUGAAUCAUGUUGGGAAUCAGUUCUCAUAAAACAUGGCUUUAGAAAUAAUGAACAUUUACAGUCUCUUUAUGAUAUUCGUGAACGAUGGGCCCCUGCAUACACAAAGCAAUCAUUUCAUGCCAGAAACCUGCUUGCACAAAGCUGUCAAAAUCUUGAAAAGAUUAUAGAUACAUACUUCUCGUCCAAGACCCAGUUAGUGGUGGCUGUGCAGCAACUUGAACAAGCUAUUUGUAAUUUCCAUGCGAAAGAAGCCCAGGUGGAUUAUCUGACAAUGUUUCAACCACCAGCACUGAGGACUGCUUCACCAGUGGAGAAACAAGCAGGUUUAGUAUUUUCUAGGAAAGUGUUUGAUAUAUUUCAGGAACAAUUUGCGGAGUCCUUUGGGUACCAUGCAGAGAGGCUCGAGGAUAGGAUGCUACACAAGUACCGCCUGACAGUAGAUGAUGGUGACGAGGAGGCACAUAUCGUCUCUUUCAGUCCAGAUCAAAGUACAGUGUGCUGUAGUUGUUGCUUAUUCGAGAGCUGUGGAAUCUUGUGCAGGCAUGCUCUUCGAGUUUUCAUCAUCGAAGGAGUGCGUUUCCUUCCAAAGGCCUAUGUCUUGAAACGCUGGACAAAGCAUGCAAAAAGUACUGUCACCCUGGAUAACUACAUUGAACUAAGGGGAUACUGUGAGGACCCUUCGACUUCAAGGUACAAUGAUCUUUGCUAUGAUGCAAACAAAUGUGCAAAAGAGGGCUCAACAUCCACCGAGCGCUAUAAAAUUGCUAAAGAGGCACUGUGCAAGGCUCUUGAUGAAAUAAUGCCUACAAGGAAUAUUAGAGAGCAAAAUUCACAAAACUGUACAACAUCAUUAAGAAGUCCAGUCAAGAAACUUGGGACAUCUAAAGGUACCUCUGGCAAGAGCAUAAAGAGGCCAGCAUUCAAAAAUUCCCUUGUGGAGAGCAAAUGGCAGUAGAUGACCAGAUAUUGUGAAUUUGAACAUAAUGCGAUUUCACCUGUUCUGACCUUGUAUAGUUGUAGUAUCAUUCAAUCUAGUACUAGUCUCUUAUGCUGUGGCUGGCCAUGGCUUUUUCCUGUCAGCAAGGGUGCUAAUGAAUCGUUUGAGACAUUACUGUUCAAAAGGAAUGUAGGAACAUAUGCCCUUCGUGGGAAUUUUCUAUGAAUGGCACUGUAGGAAGGGCAAUUUUGUUA